AAAAGAGAGAAGAUAACCAAACAAUGAAACUGAUAAGCUUGUGGAUGGGGGAAGCCCCAAAGAGAGAAAUGUGGGAGCCUGUCUUAAAGAGAAGGACGUGAGUCCCCGUUGAACCAUGUUUGAAGGGUGUCAGAGGUCAAAUCCCCACAGGAACUUGGAGACCGUUAGACUGGGGAGGGACUUGGGUUGGUUUUUACAGGUAAUUUUACAGUUGGACCCUCUGGAGGUUACAGAUAAACCAAGUUUUCAAGAGUGAGAAAAUAGGGGCUUGGUGGUAAUUCUCCAAACACUCGUACAGCGCAGAGACUCCCCCCCUAAGCGGGCGGCUUUCCUUUUCCUAACUUGGAGAACGCUUUUGCUAUCUUUGGCAAUCUUGCAUUUCUCCUGACCAGUAUAUAAACAAAGGUCUUGGCUUUGUGUAAGUUAUACUAUCAUCGUCGUCCCUUUUUUCUGCCAUUGCUGAGUUCAAUCCGUUCCAGAGAGAGAGAGAGAGAGAGAGAGAGAGAGAGAGAAUGAAACAAUCGUCGAAGGAAGCUGAAGAGGCGAGGCAGAAGCAGAUUGACGAUUGGCUUCCGGUCACUUCUGCUAGGAAUGCCAAAUGGUGGUACUCAGCUUUCCACAAUGUCACUGCCAUGGUUGGGGCUGGUGUCCUUAGCCUUCCCUAUGCCAUGGCCGAGCUUGGAUGGGGUCCUGGCAUUGCUGUCGUGCUUCUGUCAUGGAUCAUCACCCUAUAUACACUAUGGCAAAUGGUUGAGAUGCAUGAAAUGGUGCCGGGGAAGCGGUUCGAUCGGUACCACGAGCUGGGACAGCAUGCCUUUGGAGAGAAGCUGGGCCUCUGGGUCGUUGUGCCCCAACAGCUAAUUGUGGAAGUUGGUGUCAAUAUUGUCUAUAUGGUCACAGGAGGAAAGUCAUUGAAGAAGGUCCAUGAUGUGAUUUGCCCUAGCUGCAAAGACAUCAAACUCACCUUAUGGAUUUUGAUUUUUGCUUCUGCCCACUUUGUUCUCUCCCAUCUCCCCAACUUAAACUCCGUCUCUGGUAUCUCGCUUGCUGCCGCAGUCAUGUCCUUGAGUUACUCAACGAUUGCGUGGGGAGCUGCUAUUCACAAGGGGAAGGUACCGAACGUGGACUACAGCUACAAAGCUAAAUCCAAUGUCGGAGCUGUCUUCAACUUCUUUAGUGGGUUGGGAGACAUAGCAUUUGCCUACGCUGGCCACAAUGUCGUUUUGGAGAUCCAAGCAACGAUUCCUUCCACACCCGAGAAGCCUUCCAAGGGACCAAUGUGGAAAGGAGUUGUUGUGGCAUACAUUGUGGUGGCUUUGUGCUACUUCCCUGUUUGUUUUGUUGGCUACUAUAUUUACGGAAACUCUGUUGAAGACAACAUCCUCAUCUCACUCGAAAAACCUGUCUGGCUAAUUGCAGCAGCUAACAUAUUUGUUGUGAUCCAUGUCAUUGGAAGCUACCAAGUUUUCGCGAUGGGAGUUUUUGACAUGGUUGAAACUUUUCUGGUCAAGAAAAUGAACUUCCCGCCUUCUUUCACCCUUCGCUUUAUUACCCGCACGAUAUAUGUUGCAAUUACCAUGGUCAUUGGUAUGGCCAUCCCUUUCUUUGGUGGCCUUCGGAUUCUUUGGAGGAUUUGCUUUCGCCCCAACCACAUACUUCCUUCCCUGCAUCAUGUGGCUCGCCAUCUACAAACCGAGACGUUUCAGUCUAUCUUGGUGCAUAAACUGGACCUGCAUUAUACUGGGAGCUACCUUGAUGAUUCUAGCACCCAUCGGUGCCCUACGGAGUAUCAUCUUGCAAUCGAAAACCUACACAUUCUUCUCUUAACUUGCCAGUUUUACAUGCAACAAACAUUCAUCUCUCCCCAUAUUCAAAGCUCAAACUUAGAUAGAUAUGAUCGCUGCUGCUUGACCAUCAAGGCAAACCCUUCGGCGUUUCUAGAUUAAUUGACUUCUGGUACCCUCCGACGGCCACGAUGGGAUUUGAGACAAGAGCGACCUCCUCUUUGAUUAGAGUUCUUGCUCACUAAUCAUUCAUGUAAACACAAUGCUGAUAUAAAAGAAAAGGGAUUAGAUUACUUGAUCUGCAAGCAUUGCAGAAUAAUCAGCAGGAGAAGUUAUGUGUAGAAAUAUGACUCUUGUAUUAAUUUGGGUGAGCUAUUACAUAAAUCCCUAUUUUGGUAGGAAUCCUACGCUAAUUACGGUGGGAAAUUAUAUUUUUAUAAUGAGUAAUGUUGCACUUACCGUCUAUUUGUAUAAUCAUGUUAUAUUUAGUGAUGUAAGGUUUUUAGUUGUU